UGACGGCGCAGCCCAAGGGGAGGAGGUGGCGUCAUGAGUGUAAAAAUGAACGCGCUUUCACAUUCCCACACGUAAGCAGUCUCUGCCGAACUUUUUUUUUAUUCUGUGCAGUGCAGUCAGGAAAGUCUAAAUGAAGUUACCCUGGCCGAGACAGCGGUGAUAACCGUGCCUGCAGCCGCCGAGGCCAUUGUAAACAAACGAGCAAGCGCCAAGCAAGCGCCAGCCGUGCCGUACGUGUCUUCUACAAUUAAGCUACCCUGCUAGUUUCCUAAUGGCUCCUAAACGACAACUUACGGCAGAAGAGUUGGAAGAACGGAGGCGACGCCAUGCAGCAGCUCAACGCCGCUGGCAGGCCGCGAUAACGGACGCUGAGCGGGAAUGCCUGCUCCAGCAAGCGUUGGAAGAACGGAGGCGACGCCAUGCAGAAACUCAACGCCGCUGGUAUGCCGCAAGAACGGGCGCUGAGCGGGAACGCCUGCUCCAGCAAAAGCGUGAAGCAGAACGCCGUCGUGUCAGCUGUAUGGAUGAAGAACAACUUGCCCGACGGAAGCAAAGGCAACGGGAAAGACACCGUGCACGAAUCCAUAGUGUGUCAGCAGAACAAAAUCAACGUCGUUCGGCCAAUAUACAUGCAGUGAAACAAGAGCCACCACAGAGCCCGACGACUUCGGCAGGCGAAUCCGGCGACAGUUCUGAAACAUUACCCAAGGCUGAGAUCAGAAAGAAACCGCGACACCACUGUGUAGUUGUUGGUUGCACCAAGCCCACCAAGCCUCUGCAUCGGAUGCCCCAAAACCUCGAGCUGCGGCGCAUGUGGCUGGAGAGAAUCGGGCUCCUUGAGUCAGAGACACGGACCUUCCUAUUCGUGUGCCAAAGGCAUUUCGCUGCCGAUGCUUACACGCUAAACCCAGAUCUUCUGAAGGACAUGGGCUUCACAACUAGGUACUAUCUGCGGGCAGAUGCAGUGCCGUCCCUGUUUCUUCCCAGCGACCCAAAGCAGGAAGUGCAGCAAGAAACAUUGCAGAGACAAACAACAGCUGAAACACAGCCCCGGGCUCCAUUGCGGCAGUAUGGCCGUCUUCGUCCGAAAGGCACUGUGAGCACACAGACUGCCCCUUAUCAACGUACAGUUCGUGCACAGGCCUCUCCACUGGCUAAGGGAAAAGAUUCUGGCAUGCAGGUGGACCUCGACUUUGGCGUCUCGGCAGGAACCCAGACGGAUGUCCUGGCAGUGGUCACAUGCACAACACAGAACACCGAGCAAAAUGCUGCAUCUCCAUCGGAUCAAACGUGCGACUGCAGCUGCCAUCGAGUGUGCCACUGCAGUUGCCAGAAACGUGCAGUGAACACGAUAGCCACACAAACUACUACCAUUGAGAGCAUGGUCAGCAUGGGGACGUCAUGAUAAACUGUUGUAAGUGAUGUUGGCAGACUUUGGUGUCAACAGACAUAUCUCUGUGGUGGCAUAGACCACAGCCUGUUCAGCGGUACAGCCUGUGACAAGGAGUGCCGAGUCGUUCUCUGGCAGUGUGACCAGUUCCAAUGACUCGAUUCGUCAACUCAAGUGCCACCAAGCAACCAAGCGCGGGUUGAGGUGGAAGAGGCGCCAACAGAAUGCAAAUGCGAUCAACAGUGCUGUUUAACGAAGGGGCAUAGUCAUCAGCCUUGUUUUCGUACGUUUGAUGCCAAGCUUCUGUGCUAAGAUGAUCAAUUCGUUCUUUGGCUACUACACGUAGUAACUCAUGAGGGAAUGGUGCUCGUGAAAAAAUGUUACACCUUUGAAAUGUUAAAAGCAGAGAUGAAAAGCAAAGGCGUGCAAUAAACCAUGUGUCGUUUCCUGAAAUUAUUCUUGUGUGACAAACUUCAUGCCAUCAAUGGAGGAAGUCUCUUGCAGUGAGAGGCUUUUUAAGCAUGACAAGGUGAAAUCUGCUGUGCUUCAACCAAGUUCUUGCGAACUUUUUCAGUCCUUGCCUGAUGCUUGUCCAUGAAAGGGAUGUUGAUAGUGAAACAAGAGACACUUGAUUGCUGGUUGAGCCGAGAAUGGAACAUGCAGCCUCUCGUCUCUGAAACCAAGCCUUGACCCUAGCUAUCAACACCUGUAUUUGCAUGGUGGAUUUAACGCUACUGGUAGAUCGCCUUGUGCACACUGGUGAAAGUAGUGGCCCAUGUAUAUUGUAAGAAAACAAAGUGAAUGAAGUGGAAGGUAUCAAUAGCCACUAAGCUGCACUAAGGAGGACAGUGGUGGAGAUGGCCAGAGGAGCUGGAAGCAUACCUAGGCCAACCAAGGUAAUGUAACAAUGGCAUUUUUUUUUUGUCGCAAUUCGCCAGUGGCCAGAGCGGCCCUCCACCUACGUUAUCUACCAGAUCAGCUGUCUGUGAACAGUGGAAGUGAACAUGACACAGAAUUGAGCGUACGAAAUUCAUACAUUAUACCAUCCUGACAUCACUCGAAAAUUGCCGUGAGAAGGACAAUGCUCAGUAUUGCAGUCGUUGGGGUGGACAUUGGCGUAAACAAGUGACGCUACUGGCAACACUCUGUGCACCAUCAAUACUCGUGCUUCCAGCUUUGCGUUAUGCCAGCCAUUCAGCGAUAUGUUACCAGGCGUGUCUGUACAUGUAUGACAUUUGCUUAUUUGCAACCAAGUUUGCAAAUCAUCCUGUACGUUGGUGCAUUCUUUUGGUAAAGCCCAAUAAACAACUGAGCGCUUUCGUUAUUAUUGUGUGUGCAUUGUUCUGUGCUUACAUGGCAUUUAAAAUAAGUGUUAGUGGCACCGUGUGUGUGUACGACGCGCGCACUGGGAAGCCCAUGCGUGCAGCGCUAAAUGCCUCGGCUAUUUUUCAUGGUGAAUGUGCUGCUUACGUUUGUUUGCUGCUGCCUACCUUGUAGCUGGUUCGCAUUGUGUGAAGUGGUAAACUGUUGCCUUUAUGAAGAAGUUGCCAUUUUCCUGUUUCAAUUGGCUCAGCAUACACUAAAUGAGCUGGUUCAAAUCUGGUCCUUGCGUGGCAUGUCACUUGCUGUGGAGUGCCUGCUAUAGUACAGUAGUCGAAAGUAGGCAUGUUAAAUACGUCCUGAGGUACACCAGCAAAAAGAAUGUCCUGUAAUGCUAGUUUGAGUUCUAAUCUCGUACAGUGAUAGAAGCAUAUUAAAUGAGGCACAACCCAUAAACUUGUGUUAACAUCUAGGGUCGAGUCUGCGACUUUUGCUACAAUCAGUGACUGCUUGGGUCUUGUGGCAUUUAGAGGAGCAGUUGCAUUUUGACAUCUUGUAUAGCUUUGCCAGUACUUCAGUGGCCUGUUCCCUCUGCCAGUGUGCUAUGGAAAGCCCUGAAACUGCCUGGCCAGUAGACAAGCACUGGGCCAUCUUGAUUACAGACCUUGAACAGGGCUGCACCUACAUCAAUGAGCUCUGCGUUGGAGGUUGUGGGUUCGACGCCCACCUGCAGCAAGUAGAUUUUUCUUUCAGUUUAGUUUUCGUAAAAUUCUCCAAGAAAAAAAAAAAGAUGCUGGUGACGUCAUUGUCGCCAUUUUAUCUAGACGCCGCCACGCGUUGAAAUAAAGUUAAAUAACCUUUCUUUUUAAAUUAUUUAUAAAUUAAAUUGCUGAAGAUACAUAAAUUAAAUUGCUGCGCAAACACAACACGAACAAUUCGCUUUAAGUGUUUUUACAGCGGCACGUUUAAUUAAUUUUGUAUGUCUGUGACUACAGCAUGUACGAAUCUGCGGCGCUUGUGUGGCAUCUGCAAGGCUUCGUUUGACGAAAUUGGGUUUGUGGUCUGUGGUCUUGUGCUACGUUUGCGGUUUUUUUUUGGCGGCAUUGACGCUUGGCAAUUGACGUUUCGCCGGCUGGUCUCGAUUAAGCAGGGUGAGCUGCUAGACGACGUAAAAAACUAGAAAAAAAAGAGGGCCGUCAGCAAUGGCAGUUGAUCUGAGUUCCUACCGGGACCAGCACUUCAAGGGGAGCCGUGCGGAGCAGGAACGCCUGCUCCGCAUGAGCUCGACGC